GCUGCAAACAGAGAAAACCAAUAUACGAAUAUUUAGAACCAUAUUAUGCCUAAUGAUUUUUUAAAUUUAAAAUUAUUAAUGGAUGUAAUUUGUAAUGCAAUAAAUAAACUUCACUUCAAAAUGGGAAUAUUUAAUAAAUAAAUGAAAGAAAUCAUGAAAAAAAUUGAAAGUUCUAAGAUUUUCGGUUUCUAUACUAUAAACACUGAAAACCAUUAUAAUAAGAACCGCGACACCUAUGGUUAAAUAAUGCUACUGCCAAAGAUUUUAUAAUAGAGACAUGUCACUAGCGCGUGAAAACUGAGCUGACCAAAAACGUAUUGACCGCAUUCCAUUGAGUCGCAUAGUACAUACAACGAAAGUUACUUAAAUAAAUAAUGUAGCCAUUAUUUAUUUAAGUAACUUUAUACAUAUACAAUGUCGAGUUGUUUGUUUAGUAAUUUUAAAACUGUGUAUACACAAAUAUUUAUAAAGGAAUACACAAAAUAAUUCAUGCGUGCGCUCAGUGGAGUGGUUAAAUUCAGCCUACUUUUGCGAUGAUUUUGUAGGCACGUAACAUGUCUAUAAUUUAUAAUGUCGCUGGCAACUGCCAUAUAAAAAUUUCGUCUCAGAUAUCCGCGACGGAUUGACGCCAGACCACAUUAGGAAAGUUAAAGGUGUGAACAUCAUUGUCAAGCUUCACUUAUUACAUUUUAGUCUUUAUCUAGAGCAUUCAUAAGAACGAUAAUUAAAUAUGAGUUCAAGAAAAUAAUACUCGAUUUUUACUAAAGUGCUACUGUGAAUGUGGGCUUAUGAUUGCAUUGUAUAAAAAGAGAUGCGGGAGCGACAUCAACCAUUUCUGUUAUUUUCAACUGAAGUGUCAAGAGCACCAAAAACCUGUAAGUAUGUCGACUGUAAGCGGAAACCCUUUCGACUCGGAUAACGAGAGUGGGUCAGUUAAGAAAAGUAAAGUUAAAAAAACAACUAAGAAGCCUCCUCGAGCCGAAAAGCCCGCUCAAAAGCAGAAGAAGGCUUUACAAUCGGAUUCGGACUCCGAGCCUGAGCAAUCGAAAAUAAUUAAGAAAAGAAGACAAAUUUUAGAUUCAGAGGAAGAAAACGAGCCCAUUAGAGCAUCGGCUUUACGAAGUUAUUUCUCUCGCCGCGUGGGCACGGGCUACACGUUGCAGAGGGCGGACCCUACGAAGACUGGAGAAUAUUAUAUUGAACUACGGGUAUACAACGCACGCGAAGCUGAGACCCAGGGCGCUGAUAGAUGGAAGCGCGCGCUCAUCACAUGCAAGUCAGCUGUGGAAGGCGAUAGUGCGACGUGGCGUGCUGUAACAAAGCUGGUCACAGCGGUGAAAGAAGAAUAUUCACCUGUUCAACCUAUUUUGUACCCGUAUAAUGUCUUUUGAAAAUAAACCUAUGACUUUGCAGGUUUAAUUAAUAUUUUAAUAAGUAUUAUAUUUUCACCCUAUACAUUGUGUUUCCUAACAGCAAUUGCAGAAAUGAAAAAUAAGUACUGAAAUCAGAUUUUAAAAUCAGAAAAUAAAAUCUGAAAUAUAAUAUUAACAUUCAGAUAUUUCUUUUUAACUUUCAUCUCGCAUAAGAAACUAACAAGUUAGAGGAUGUGAUAUUUUUUUUAAUAAUUUGAUUGUCUUUCCUUACAGCAAUUGCAGUAAAGAAAAACUAAGAACUAAAAAUCAGAAUUUAAAACCAAAAACUAAAAACCAAAUAUAAAAACAAAAAUAUCUGAAUUCAAAUAAUAUUAUCAGAUAACUUUGUUUCUAUUAUUUUAUUAUUUUUCAAUUUUCAUCUCGUAUAAGAAACUACCAAGUUAGAGGUUGUGAUAUUUUUUUAUUAAUUUGAUUGUCUUUCCUUACAGCAAUUGCAGUAAAGAAAAACUAAGAACUAAAAAUCAGAACUUAAAACCAAAAACCAACUAUAAAAAUAAAAAUAUCUGAAUCAAAAUCAAAAUUAUCAGAUUACUUUGUUUCUAUUAUUUUAUUAUUUUUCAUUUAAAAAAUACGCUUUUAUUACGCAUAUUUACUUUAAUAAUUUCUGAAUAAAAAUUUAUUUUUAGAAUCAAUAUUAUAUAUUUGUUUUACUUUUGAUUGUGUUAUUGUCUUAUACAGUAGGUAAUUGCAAAAAU